AUGGCUACCGCCAACGUCAACCGCCCUACCAACAUCAAGGAGAAGGAUGCGGAUAUCAACCGCAAACUCCAGAUCUACGGCAUUUUCCGCGCCUUCAAAGCCGGCAAGGUCCCCUCUAAUGAUCAGAUUGAUGUCGCCCUCAACAGCUUCCUGCAGUCCAACGCUCUCUCCAAGCCCUCCACCAAGCUUUCCGAUGACGGUAAGCUGCUUGUUGAGGACACCCGUGAAGUUGUCAGACUCGCCAAGAACCUGCUUCUUUCCAAGAACGACGGCAACCUCGUCCAGGACUUCAUUUGGCAGACUACCCGGUUCGACGCCAAGUCCGUCCAGGGACCCAAGGCUCCCAUCAACAAGGACGCCGCCCAAAAGGAUGGCGAGGAGGCUCUCCAGGGCCUGAGAACCCUCGGAACCCUGCUUAUCACCAACGGCCAGUUCCGCAAGCUCCUCAAGGACUCCUCCAUUCUUCUGCGUGAUAUGGCUGGUGAUGCCGCUGGCAGCGCCGCCGGCCGCCUCCGCCCCUCGGACGACGACCUCGCUCAGAUUGACCAUGCUGCUGAGGAUAACACCUGGCACGAAGCUCCCAAGUUCAACAAGGAUGAUCUCAAGAAGCAGGCUCAGGGUCUCUACAAGGGCAAUGCCAAGAAGGAUGCGCAGGACGUUGCCGACAGCGCCAGGGCUGCUGGUGCCCCCGCCUCCGGUGAUGGCAGAGACGCCAACCUCGCUGCUGGUCACGAUGCCGCCAGGUCUACUCUGCAGCAGAAGCUCGACAAGAACAUCGACCCCGAGACCCAGGAGAACCUCAGACAGAAGAAGGAAGAACAACGCCGCAAGGCGAAGGAGUACUUCAACAAGAAGAUGCCCGCCGAGCGCAAGGAUCAGAUCAUCUUCCGCCUCAAGAAGAUGGUUAUUGAGUGCCAGCAACACACCGAUUACUCUCAAGCCAUCCAGAGCCUCCUGCGCCUUGCCCGUACCUAUGGCGAGCACGGCCGCUCGUAUGGUAAGGAGUCUAGUGGCUCUCUUAACCAGGCUCGCAGCGGUUUCGCUGCCGCCGAGGCUGAUCUCCGCACCCUGAUCGAGCGCUUUGCCAACGGCACCUCGACCUCCAACCUCUGGAAGUCCAUCGGCCAGAUCUACGAUGAUGCCCAGAAGGACGACGAGCUGAAGUUUUGGUUCAAGAACAUGGAUCGCUACAUCAACCGCCUUCUUCUUGAGCAAGGCUACGUCCUAGAGGAGCAGUCCACCAGGGACUGGGAUGUCCUUUACCAGCAGGGUCGUUACCUCCUUCGCGAGAAGUACAAGUCUCAUACGGACAAUGUAAUUGACGAGAUCAAGUUUGUGGGCGACCAGUUUGACAAAGACCCUCAGAACAAGCAGUUCGGUCUUGCGGUCCAGAAGCUCUUCAAGGACCUUGGCAGCAAUGCCGAUGGCAAGUCCGAGUUUAAGCCUCACCUCGUCAAGGAUCUCUUUGAUGUUAUCCUGCCCUCUAUCCUCCGCGACAUUGCCUACAUCCCCAUUCCUCGCAUCGAGUACUCUGAUCCUGGAUUCGACGCCGUCAUUGAGAACCUCAUUCUUGAGAGCGACAACUUCAUGCCCAACGUUGCUGAGCUUGUCUCCAACAACAACUGGAAGUGGGGUCGCAGGAACAUUGCCAACCGCCACCAGAACAUGAUUGACCUCAAGGUCUCAGGUAUCCAGAUGGACCUGCGCGAUGUCAGCUACCACAUUAAGCGCAAGACUGGCUUCCUCAAGAUCACCGACACUGGUGUCGCCGACAUCCUGCUGCCCGGCGAAGGCUUCUCUUUCCGCAUGAAGGUCUCCACUGCCGAUAAGAAGGACAGCCAGAACUUCUUCAAAGUCGAGAAGGUUGACGUCGACUUCAAGAGCCUGAACGUCAAGCUCAAGAAGUCCAAGUUCAAGGGCCUCUUUGCCAUUUUCAAGCCUAUCCUGCUCCGCGCCCUCCGCCCUGCUCUGCAGAAGGCUGUAGAGAAGGCCAUCAAGGACCAGUGCAACGAGUUUGACCGCACUCUGUACGAGAUCAAGAAGGAGGCCGAGGCCGCGGGCGAGACCCCAGGUGAGGAUGGCAAGAAGACCAGCUUCUUCAAGCGCUUCUAUGACGCAAGCCAGCAGCGUGCGCUCAAGAAUAAGCAGGAGAAGGAGAAGCUGAAGAAGGACAAGAAGGAGGACAACAAGAAGAUCAACAUUACCAUGACGGAUGACGAGAGCAUCUUCCCUGCCCUCAAGCUCCCUGGUGGCGUCAGCUCCAAGGCUACCGAGUACAAGGAGCUUGCCCUGAAGGGCGAGAAGUGGGAGAGCCCCGUCUUCUCCAUCGGUAAGGCCAGCAAGAGCACGGACAUUCCCAGUGCUCCUCAGAUCGUUAACAAAGCUCGCGGUGCAGCCAAUACCGCCAACGGAAACGGUCUUGGUGCGACUGGAAAUGGAGUUGCGACUGGUAACGGCCUGCAGGGUACCGGUAAAGGCCUGCAGGGCAACGGUGACGGCCUUUACAGCACUGGCACCGGCCUCCAUGCUAAUGGCACCGGCCUCCAUGCUGGUAAUGGCAUUGCUAAUGGCAGUGGUCUCAAGAAGACGACUGCCCCGGCUCUCGACGCCACGAACCCUGUCCCCCUCAACUAA